AUGAACCAUUUAGAUGGCUUCCACAUUAUGAUAGUUUCGAAAUACUUUUCUUCUUUCCAAGACUUCAUAUCUCUUGAAUUAGUAUGUAAGAAAUACGCUUCAACUAUGUCUAAGUUUCAUUACAACCCAAUUCCUCUUACCCGAAGUAAACUGAUUUUUUUCGAAAAUUUAGAGACUUUAAUUCUCUGGCCAAAAGACAAUUUUUUGGCUUUUAAACACUUGACAUCAUACUUUUACAGGGAGUUUUACCGCAUUAUUGUCUACGAAGAAGUUGACUACAAAACUGCUAUAAACAUGCUCGACAUGUAUUCUGAAAACAAAUUCCAAUCAAUUAAAGACACUCGUGUUCGAAUGCACUCGAUUAUUUUCAAAAAUGUUGUGUACACACAAAAAGACAAAAUUGCUUUCAACAGUCAUUUGUCUGAUUUGGUCACCAAAAUCGAUGAAAAGUGCUUUUUUAAUGAACAAGAAAUGAAAUCCAUAAAUAUACCAACUACAAUCACAUGUAUUGAUAACGAAUCGUUCUUUCAAUGUACUUCUCUAACAUCUUUUAUAUUUCCAUUGUCACUGAGACGAAUAUGUGAUAAAUCUUUUGCUGAAUGUCGAUCAUUAGUCGAAGUAGUCUUCCCAAGUCGACUUACCUCUAUCGGGUCACUAUGUUUUUAUGGGUGUUAUUCUCUCACCUCGGUGAAGUUCCCGAGACAUUUAAAACACAUUAACAAUUAUGCUUUUAAAUUCUGUUGGAACAUUAAGACAUUGUCAUUCCCAAACCUUCUAUCAAAAAUUAAUUAUGGAACUUUCCAAGACUGUAAAAACUUAAGUUGGAUAAAAUUGCCAAGUCGUCUUUUUGAAAUAAGUUAUUUAGCUUUUUCAGGCUGUCAAAAAUUAUUAGACCUUGAUAUUCCCAAGAGUGUCGAGUCACUCAAAAGUAUGUGUUUUUCCAAUUGUAAAUCUCUUUCAAAAAUAGUGUUAGAAUAUGGUCUGAAGAGUAUUGGAGAAAAUUGUUUCAAUGGGUGUAUCUCAUUGAAUACAAUAGAAAUUCCAGACUCUGUUACUGAAAUUGGUUGGCAGGCAUUUGCCGAGUGUACACAACUCCAAAAAGUCGUGAUGUCAAAGUCACUCACCACAUUAAAUAGAGAAACUUUCAAAAAUUGUUUUUCCAUGACUGAAUUUGUGUUUGCAUAUGGGACCAAGUCGAUAAAAAGUAUUCAACCGUCGUGCUUCAUCGAUUGCGAAUCUUUAAAAUGUAUUGAUAUACCCGAGGGUGUCAUUGAUAUUUCAAAUGAUAGUUUUCUACGUUGUACGUCUCUCUCUGAAAUCACUUUUCCAUACACAGUCGAAUCAUUUGGGGUUCAAAGUUUUUAUUGUUGUUUAACUCUUGAAAGUAUUGAACUGCCAAAAAACAUAAAGAAACUUCAAGUCUCGUGUUUUGAAAAUUGUAGAAAUUUGAGUGUUGUACACUUCCCACAAAAUUUAACAAUGAUUGGAACACAAUGUUUUGCUUCUUGUGUUAAUUUGGAAAAGGUGGAAGGUAUAGAUGGAGUGGUAAUUGUCGGUCCUUUUGCUUUUCAAAAGUGUGAAAAGUUGAGUUCUAUUAUAUUUGGUAACUCACUUAAAAGUAUUGGAGAGAGAUGUUUUGAAGAAUGUAUUAAUUUACAACACGUUGAAAUGCCCGAUGAAGUGACCCAUAUCGGAUAUAAUUGUUUCUUGAACUGCACUAAAUUAAAGAAAUUAAAGAUACCUAGUGGUGUUCAAAAUAUCAAUUGUUUAUUUGGAAAAAAAGAAAAAUAA